AUGGCUCCAGUGAUUAGAUUUCGAUUUUAUAUAUACCAGUAUGUUCAUGCUAUGAUAUUUGCUAUUGAUGAAAUCAACAACAGUCCAAGCCUGCUAUCAAACACUACCCUUGGAUUUGAGAUUUACGAUUCCUGUGGGAUUUCUACAAGGGCCAUUGAGGGAGCCAUGAGGUUAAUGACUGGAUUGUAUCAGCAAAUCCCAAAUUACCGCUGUGAAAUGCAGAAGUCCUUGGCUGCUGUAAUAGGUGAUGCUGCAUCAAGGAACUCUAUUCCCAUAGCCCAACUCUUGGGGCUUUUUGGGCAGCCUCAGAUCAGUUAUGGUUCAACUGUGGCAAUGCUCAGUAAUAAAAUACAGUUCCCUUCAUUCCUUCGUACUGCUCCCAGUGACAGAUUCCAGUCUAUUGGCUUAACUCAGUUGCUAAUAUAUUUUGGCUGGACCUGGGUUGGAAUCCUGGCAGAAGAAAGUGACUAUGGACAGCAGGGCAGCCAGAUCAUUAAAGAGGAACUUAUGAAGUCUGAAGCUUGUAUUGCAUUUUUUGAAUCAAUUCCUGUAAUUUACAGUGCAACAAAGAUCCACAGAAUCAUUAAUGUUAUCAAGGGAUCAUUUGCAAAUGUAAUUUUGGCCUUCUCAACUGAUGACAUCCUGAAUCCUGUAAUGGAAGAAAUCGCCAAGAGCAACAUAACUGGCAAAACCUGGAUAGCCAGUGAGGGAUGGUACUCCUCUCCCAUCUUUUCCCAAACAAGUUUCCACAAAACUCUGCAGGGUACUAUUGGGUUUCUGUACCACAAAGGAGAAAUGCCAGGAUUUAGAAGAUACCUUGAUAGCAUUCAUCCAUUGAUAUUCCCUGAUGACAUUUUUGUGAAGACAUUUUGGGAGAUAGCCUUUGGCUGUAUGUGGCUAAGUGCUAAUCUGAGUCAAAUUACAAAAACAUCUUUAUAUGAAGGAAUAAAACUUUGCUCAGGUAAAGAGACCCUUAAAGAUCUAAACAUUCCUUUCUUGGACGUUUCUUCUUUGACAACCACCUACAAUGUUUAUCAGGCAGUCUAUGUAGCUGUUCAUGCUUUGCAUGACAUGUUUUCAUGCUCAUUUGGAAAUGGGCCAUUUCAGAACAGGUCCUGCACAGAGAAUCAUAACUUUAAGGCUUGGCAGCUCCUGUAUUACAUGAAGAAGGUGUAUUUCAGAAAUAUGGCAGGUGACAUAAUCUUCUUUGAUGUGAAUGGUGAUCCACCCGCACUGUAUGAUGUUGUAAAUUGGCAUGUUAACCAGGAAGGCUUGUCAAGAUAUGAAGUAGUUGGACGUUAUGACACAAGUACAUCCCCUAACUUGUUUAUAAAUGAAAGUCAAAUCAUGUGGAAUGGAGGACACACCCAGGUCCCACAGUCCGUGUGCAGUGGGAGCUGCCACCCUGGUUACAGAAGAUCUAGCCGACAGGGUCAGCCCAGAUGCUGCUAUGAUUGCAUUCUUUGUCCCGAGGGAGAAGUCACAAACCAAACAGAUUCUGACAACUGUUGGAGAUGCCCAGAAGACUAUUGGUCUAACACCGUCAGAGAUGGUUGUUUUACAAGAGUUGAAGAGUUUCUUUCCUAUAAUGAUGCCAUGGGUUCAGUCUUGGCAUUCAUUGCUGCUGUCAAUGCGUUGUUGCCUGCUACAGUACUACUCAUCUUUUUAAGAUAUAGAGACACUCCGAUUGUAAAAGCCAACAACCGUAAUAUCAGUUACCUUCUGCUGUUUGCUCUCACACUGUGCUUCCUCUGUUCUUUGAUAUUUAUAGGUCAUCCAGUGAGAAUAACAUGCCUGUUACGACAGGCCACCUUCGGCAUAGUCUUCAGUCUGUGUGUAUCCUGUCUGCUGGCAAAAACUGUUACUGUAGUGAUUGCCUUCAAUGCAACAAAACCAAACAGUAGCUUAAAGAAAUGGGUUGGGCCUAUCCUGCCUAAUGCUAUUGUACUUGUCUGCACCAUGUUUCAGGUUAUUUUGUGCAUUCUUUGGUUAAACAUUUCUCCUCCCUUCCCAAUAAGAAACAGAAAUGUACAACAUGAUAAAAUAAUUAUAGAAUGUGAUGAGGGGUCAGUCAUUGCCUUCUGGUGUUUGCUGGGGUACAUGGGGCUUUUAGCCAGUGUCAGUUUUGUUGUUGCUUUCCUGGCUAGAAAACUACCAGAUACUUUUAAUGAGGCUCAGUUUAUCACAUUCAGCAUGUUGAUAUUUGUAAGUGUGUGGCUUUCCUUUAUCCCAGCAUACCUGAGCACCAAAGGGAAGUACAUGGUUGCAGUAGAAAUCUUUGCAAUCCUUUCUUCCAGUGCCGGGUUAUUCAUUUGUAUAUUUCUGCCUAAAUGUUAUGUUAUUCUGUUGAGACCUGAGAUGAAUACAAGAGAAUAUCUUAUGGGGAAGGUAACAGUUAAUAAGUAAAGACAGGAAUAUGCCAUGCAGGAAAGUAUGAUUGUGUAGCAUUCAGUUUUUGCUUCCUUUUAGAAUUUAAUCAGUUGUCAGCAAUCACAGUCAAAUAAAAUCACCAUUUGACAGGUAUAAUUAUAUGUCUUCUAUCAAGAA